GUCGUUCAACUUGUUCUAUGGAUUGUCUCUGAAUUGAAAUGGUUGAUUGAGUCCUUUCAUCGAAAUAAUUAUUUUACAGUGCUGGCAUAUCUGAGCAAUGCCGUAGAGGGUCGAUGCAUUUACAUUCGUUGUAAAAAAAUGUCGAUGAGUCAAUGAGAAUGAGUCGCGUUUUUUUAUAAAAAAGGGGAUAUACAAAUACAUCAUAAAGAUCGUUGAUAUUGUUUAUUUCAGGAAGUAGAUGCUCCACUAAAAGCAUUGUUCGAAUUUGACGAUUCUUGCCCUGAUGAAGUAUGAUAUGGUCUAGUUUUGUUUAAUGCCAGCAGCUGUUCUCAACUAAUGAUUUUUGAAUAUACGAAAUUGAUGUAGAUGGAGAUUUUCUUUGUGUGUUUCGAUUGUGUGAACCACGUGUACUCUAGGACCAAGAUAAUUCUAGAGACAUUCGCACGGUUUGCACGUGCACCAAUGUGCGGCAAUUCGAUGACGGACCUUCACAGACACAGAGAGGACCAUCAUAAGCGAUAUCUAGUUGACUAGCCCCCUAGUGUGGUUCCCCAGGGGGGAUACGAUGGGAACCAGAGACACUCGCCAGACAAAACACACGCACGGACAUGCUUGAACAGGCGCCACAAUUGCGGAGAAGCCUGAGAAGUGUCAGCCUUGGCGGGGCGUCAUCGGGCGCGCUGCCGCGGGGCGGCGGGCCUUGUUGGUUCGCGCCGUUUGCCUCGAGAGGAUACGCGGGCGCCUGGUAAGGGCGGAAGCGCCUGCGGGCUUAUCUUCAAGCGGGAGGCAUACUCAGGCACACGCCACGCCGUGGGAAUUUGUUCGCUGGGGUCUGAGGCGCUCAGAGGCCACGCCGGUCCGCGGGGGUUCAGAGGUGCAGGGCGUUGCUUGUGGGGCGCGGCGCUGCAAGCAAGUGACUGCACGCAAGCGAGCGACGCGAGUGCACGAGGCUGCCGCCUCGCACCAUCGGGCAGCGCGGGCCCAGGGCUGGGGUGAGAGAAGGGCGCGGCGCGAAAGUGGACGCUUUAGCUUUUUGAGCUCACUUCACUCCCUAAGUGCGCGAGCCGAAGGAAGGCGCGGCCGGGCGGAGAGAAGAGCGGGGCACCAAAGUAAGCCGUAACUCCUGGGCGGCUUAAUUUUCAAAAUUCAUUCUCUAACUUUCAAAGUAUCUGCCUCAGUUUUCAAAGUCAUGCCCCCGCUUUCAAAGCUCACGCUUUAACUUUUACAAUCCAUGCCAUACUCAUAACUUUCAGAGUUCUUGUCUUGACUUUCUUGGAGGAUACCGCCGAAAGAUGGCCGCAAAAUCUUCGCGAAAAAUUGGCCUUCGCUGUCUCCGUGUUUGUAAGGACGAAAAAGGCGCCGGCGCGGCCUUGGGCGCUUUGGUUUGUGUUUGUGUUUGUGUUUUGUUUCUCCGUUGUCAACAGCCCCGGCGCCGAGUGGGUGUGGACCGCCCGCACACCACUGGCACCGGCGCCGCCUGGAAUGCAGCCGCGGCACACCUGUGCAAGCUCCUCGAGGUGUAAAGGACUUGGGCUGACGAUAGGGGAAGCGCAGGCGCGGAAGCAGUGGCAAAGCGGGACGGCGUUGGCCAGUGGGUGCCUGGGGUGGCGCUUCGUCUCGUUUUUGUCUUUUUGAAAAAGCGAAAACCUUGGCGAAAAGCUUGCGAAAUCUUUCAAAACAGAGAACCUUGCCGAGAAGCAAGGUAAGCGCAUGAGGCUCCAACACUGUCAGAACUUGCAAACUUUCACGCUGCAGACAUUCUGCGAAGGUUCUGAGGCUUUCGCCUUCCAUCUUUUUUGGUGAAGGCUCGGAAAUGGACCGCCAAGAACAAACUCGCAAGCGCAACAAUUUGCAGCGGGCCAGCGUGGGGCUCUGCGUUUUCUGUCUCUGGCUGGUUUUUGUGGUUUCUCUGUUUCUCUCUCCGGACUUGUGAGGCCUUUGGUGUUGGCUUGGUCUGUCGUGUGUGGGUUGCGUCGGUUUUGUUUUCGGGGCUCUCGUGGGCUCCGUGCUAAUGAGACAAGGACAGGGGCCGCGCGUGUGAGCGUCGGCAACUUUCUGCCAAGAUUUUCCGCCGCCGGUGACUCUCGGGCGCGGUGUUCUCGAAGCUUCUAAAACUCAUGCCCUAACUUCCAAAGUUUAUGCCCCAACUGAACUCUCAGCAUUGUUCGCGACCCAUGUCUUAAUUUUCAGAAUCAAUUCGCGGCCUAACUUUCUCAAUUCAUGACCUAACAAACUACUUUCACAGUUUACGCCUUAACUUUUACCAUUCACGUUCUGGCCUUCGCAGUUCUUGCAUGUCAUAACUUUCAAAGUUUGCGAGUAUAGCAAAACGCUGCGCGUUUUUGCGGUGUUGUCGUCCCGUGUGCUGGUUUUCAAAAUUCAAACCCGAAAUCAAAACUCAAAACUCAAAAGCCAAGAUCAAAGCUCAAAACUCAAAAUCAAAAUUCAACACUUAAAUUUUAAGUUCUAAAUCAAAAGUCAAAAUUUAUGAUCAAAAUUAAAAAUCAAAAAAUCACUACCAAGGCAAAACUUUCCAAGAAGUAACGAGAUUGGUGGUGUUACGGGGCGUAGCUUCUUUAAUCAUGUGUUUGAACUUGUUAAACAAAAAUUGACUGAAAUUCAC